CAGCAGCGAGCAUUAGCUCAGCCCGGAGAGAGGGAUUGGGAUCCAGAGAGGGAAGGAAGGAAGGAAGAAGAGAGAGAGAGAGGGAGGGAUAGAUAGAAGCUAAACAGGUGGUCUGAAAACACAGACAACAAUGUCGUCCGGCGGGGAGAAGCGGGACGACAUUUAGUCCUCAUUUUCCCUGACAGGAAUACCGGGAUAACCUCGGGCAACAACAACAAAACCCCCUCCAUGCUCCCGUGUGCUUCCCACUCGGAUUUGUCCUCCUCGUCUCGGCUUUGCUCCGAACCUGGGGAAGUCCUCGGAGCCUGAGCCAUGAAAGUGACGGUGUGCUUCGGCAGGACCCGGGUGGUGGUUCCGUGCGGGGACGGGAACAUUAAAGUCCACGCACUCAUCCAGCAGGCUGUCAUGCGGUACAAGAAGGCUAUCGCCAAGGACGCAAACUACUGGCUGCAGGUCCACCGACUGGAGCAUGGCGACGGCGGGAUCCUCGACCUGGACGACGUGCUUUGUGACGUGGCUGACGACAAAGACAGACUGAUCGCCGUCUACGACGAGCAGGAGCCCCAUCACGGCGGCGACGGAACCAGCGCCAGCUCCACCGGGACGCAGAGCCCCGACCUGUUCGCCGCAGACCUCGGCGCCGGCAGCGUCGCCUCGGCGUUCCAGCCCUACCAGAACGCCAGCGAGAUCGAAGUCACGCCUUCGGCCCUGCGCGCCAAUAUGCCUCUCCACGUCCGGCGCAGCAGUGACCCCGCCCUGAUCACCAUCAACGGGCCAUUCAGCGCCUCGGAGUUGCGGGUCCAAACCGAAGAGCCUCCAUCCAGGAAGAACCCGACUCGCUGGUCCACCACUGCCGGCUUCCUGAAGGCUCGCCAUUCCUCAGGCACAAACAGCCUAGAGAGGAAGAGCAAAGGUUUGGACACGUACCGCAGCCUGCCGAGGGACGCAGGGACCUGGUCCAAUCAGAGAGAGUUUCAGAGAGACACGGCCAGGUCGUCGCUCAGCGCCAACCACCCCAUGGUGGACCGCUGGCUGGAAAAACAAGAGCAGGAGGAGGAGAGCAGGGAGGAUGAGAACGGGCGAAUCGAGCCGGUUGGCCGAGCCGACUCCUGCAUGGAGCACACCCCCGUCAGAUCUCUGGAAGACAUUGUGAAACUGGUGGAGGUGUCAAACGACGGCGGGCCUCUGGGGAUCCAUGUGGUGCCUUUCAGUGGCAGGGACCGCAGGACUCUUGGCUUGUUGGUCAAGCGUCUGGAGAGGGGAGGAAAGGCCGAGCACCAGGGCCUUUUCCAGGAGAACGACUGCAUCAUCCGUAUCAAUAACGGAGACCUGCGAAACAUCCGAUUCGAACAAGCACAGAACAUGUUCCGCCAGGCCAUGCGUUCCCCGGUGAUCAUGUUCCACGUGGUGCCGUCGUCCAUGAAGGCCCACUACGAGCAGCUAUCGCACGCCGAGAGGAACCCCUCGUUUUCCUCGGGACGCUUCAGCCCAGACUCGCUGUCCGGCAUCGAUCACAACCCACAGAGGAUAAACCGCCACGGAUCCCAAACGCAGACCCACCCGGACCCAAACAACGGCUACCCACAUCUGACUCACCCUGCCGUCACGGCGGCCAAACCUCCCACAGGCCACACCCACUCACCUCAGAGGGGGCUGAACUCGACGCCCACGCCGGGGUAUACCAAAAAAGUGGGGAGGCGGUUUAACAUUCAACUCAAGAAAGGCCCUGAAGGACUCGGCUUCAGCAUAACGUCGCGUGACGUCCCCAUCGGCGGCUCCGCUCCGAUCUACGUCAAGAACAUUCUCCCCCGGGGGGCCGCCAUCCAAGAUGGCCGCCUUAAGGCAGGAGACCGGCUGCUGGAGGUGAACGGCGUGGACCUGAACGGCCGGACGCAGGAGGAGGUCGUCUCGUUGCUCAGGAACACUCCGAUGGGCGGCGCGGUGGGGUUGCUGGUUCUACGCCAGGAAGACUCUUUCCCACCCCGAGAAGUCAGCGCUGAACCCCAGAAGCAAUCCCACAGAGACCUGAAAACGGAGGAGGAUGAACUGGUCCUGACUCCCGAUGGGACCAGAGAGUUCCUGACCUUCGAGAUCCCGCUCAGCGACUCGGGUUCUGCAGGUUUGGGCGUCAGUGUGAAAGGCAACCGCUCCAAGGAAAACCACGCAGAUCUCGGCAUAUUUGUCAAGUCAAUCAUAAACGGUGGAGCAGCCUGCAAGGAUGGACGACUGAGGGUGAACGACCAGCUGAUUGCGGUGAACGGCGAAUCGCUGUUGGGGAAAACCAACCAAGACGCCAUGGAGACGCUGAGGAAGUCGAUGUCAACAGAAGGCAACAAGCGCGGGAUGAUCCAGCUGAUUGUGGCCCGACGAGUGGCCAAGAGAAACGAGGAUUCUUCAGGAAACCCGUUGGGAUCCCAGCAGACCGUAAACACCAGUCUGGACGAUCACGAGCGCAGAAUCUCCCACUCCCUCUACGGUGGCCUGGAAGGCCUCGAUGACGACUUGAUGCCACGUCAAGGAAUGAUUCCACGCACAAUAGGAAACUAUCAGCUCUCUCUGACCGUCAACAUGCCGCAGGACGACACCGUGAUCAUCGAGGACGACCGCCCGCCGCUCCUGCCGUCCAACAUGUCCGACCAGUCCUCGUCCAGUUCCCAUGACGAUGUGGGCUUCGUGGCUGAUGUGACUCCGCCGUGGGCCAAAGAGCUGCCUGCUCACAACGAAAGCGCUCUGAGUCCAGAUGAAAACAAUCCGGACGUCUCGUUCCAAAGGGAAGGUUUCGGACGCCAGAGCAUGUCGGAGAAACGCACCAAGCAGUUCGGAGACGCCGCUCAGCUCGAGAUCAUCAAGACACGCAAGUCCAAGAGCAUGGAUCUAGUAGCCGACGAGAUUAACCUCACUCCUCGCCCCGACACCGACGCAGGUUCUUCCACUAAGGACGUUGGACCUUCACUGGGCCUCAAGAAGUCCAGCUCUCUAGAGAGCCUCCAGACGGCGGUAGCAGAGGUCACCCUGAACGGUGACCUCCCGUUCCACCGGCCGCGCCCUCGCAUCAUCAGGGGGCGGGGCUGCAACGAGAGCUUCCGGGCCGCCAUCGACAAAUCCUACGACCGGCCAGCCGCCUUGGAGGACGACGACGAGGGCAUGGAGACUUUGGAGGAAGACACGGAGGAGAGUUCCCGAUCUGGGAGAGACUCUGUCUCCACCAUGGCGGACCAGACGCCGCUGUCCGCCGGCCCCGAAAAGCCUCUGGUCAACGGCACCAACCGCACCAAGGAGGAGAAGAAGAAGGACAAAGACAAACCGGGGAAGGAGAAGAAGAAACAAGAUGGAGGGAAGGAAAAGGAUAAAGAGAAGGGAAAACCAAAGAAGGGAAUGCUGAAGGGACUUGGAGACAUGUUCAGGUUUGGGAAAUACCGAAAAGAUGAGCGGCCAGCGGAGAAGAUGGACCGGAAAGGAUCGAGCAAGUGGAGGACCGAGGAGACUCAGGUUUCUGAUGAGGAAACGAUGAAGAUGAGGAUGGAGCAAGAGAGGAUUCAAGCCAAGACGAGGGAGCUGAGGGAACGCCAAGCCCGGGAACGGGACUACGCGGAGAUCUUGGACGUCAGCCGCCCGUUGGAUAGAUCCUCUGAGGAGGAUCACACCUACUCCGGCGUGAACCCUCUGAACAUGGACAGCAGUCACAGCCGGGCUCACAGCCCCCGUGACGAAUAUUCCCACGUUCAUCACCAGCACCAGCACUCUGACUCUCUCUACUCGCCGGUCAGCCGGGCCCGAAAUGACCGGCCUCCAUCCACAGACAGCAACCGGCUAACUCCUAGCAACCACGACCGGAUACAGAGGCUGCGGCAGGAGUUCCAGCAGGCCCAGAACGUUCCCGACGACCCGGACGAUCGCAGGAGGACCUACAGCUUCGAGCAGUCCUGGUCCAACUCCAGCAGCAACGGUCCGGGCGGGUACAGCCAGCCGGGCCGGCACUCGGUGUCGGUGGAGGUCCAGAUGCAGAGGCAGAGGCAGGAGGAGAGGGACUCGUUCGCCCAGGCGCAGCGGCAGUACAGCUCCCUCCCUCGACAACCCAGGAAGAAUCCCAGCACCGUCUCCCAGGACUCCUGGGACAAGGCGUACCCACCUGGAGACGUCUUCCAGACGGCCAAAGACAACCCCCGGUACUCCAGCUACCAGGGCUCCCGGAACGGCUACCAGGGCGGUGGCGGCGGCGGGGCAGGAGUGAACGCUAGAGUCCUGCUGGAGGCCCAAGAGCUGCUGCGGCAGGAGCAGAGGCGCAGGGAGCAGGAAGCCAAAGGAAAAAUGCUGCAGGAAGGCAGCAGGACCAGCGCCUACGAGGGGUACAACCCCCACCUGAAGGAGCCGGGGUCGCCGAAGGGCCCGUACCGACACGACGUCCCGCCUUCGCCAUCGCAGCUAGCUCGGCUCAACAGACUGGGGUCAGAAAAGGGAAGACUUUUUUAUUCCUGAGGGGGAAAAAAUUAGCAAAUUAGCAUCAGAACAUAGACAACGGACUACUUGGCCUUCUUAUAGCUUAGUGACUAUCUUAAAGGCAAGCGGGUGUUUGAUGACCCGCACCAACUAUCAGUCACUCACCAACAACCAACAGACGCCCCAGUGCCUUGUCCACCCUCGUCGCCGUCACGGACCGACAAUCAGGCAGAGGAGUGGGCGCACGCGCACGAAUGACGCGUUCCAACUGCCGUUUUUCAGUUAGCUUCAGAAAGCUAACUGCUCUGAAGGAGAGUGAGUUCCAACUGCCGUUUUUCAGUUAGCUUCAGAAAGCUAACUGCUCUGAAGGAGAGUGAUCCAACUGCCGUUUUUCAGUUAGCUUCAGAAAGCUAACUGCUCUGAAGGAGAGAGCGAUCCAGCUGCCAUUUUUUAGCUAGCUAUCCGAAGCUAACUUAGAAACAGCAGUUGGAACGUUCUUUCCUUUAUAGCAGUUAGCUUUCUAAAGCAGUUGGAAAGAGCUUUCUUAUUGCCAACUUAUAUGCCAGCUUUAUAAAGCUAACUGAAAAACAGUUAACUUAAAGGACUUAGCUUUGGAAGGCUAACUGCUCUGAAGGAAAUAGCGUUCCAACUGCCAUUUGUUCAGUUAGCUUCAGAAAGCUAACUGCUAUGAAGGAAUGAAAACAGGCCAGAGAGAAAGAGCGGGUGUGCGUGCGGGUGUGUGUGUGUUAUUAAUAAAAGCCCUCCUCAUAAAUGA